CAUGAAGCCUAGAAAUGGAACUAGGAAGCAAUCACCCCCACAUUGCUUACCAAAAUAAGCUAUAACUUGGUUAAUAACUUGCUAACUAGCAAAUCAUCAAGAAAUGUGCACACGUGGUGGCUACUGUAAACGUGGCUCUGCGCUCUGAAAGAUCGCAAGUCAGAGUAAUUAUCCUCAGAUGCACAAUACCUACCACGACUCGAUCUUGUAAAGUUCGAUUUGUUUUGUUGCAUUGAAAGGAACUGAUUUUAUUUUGAUUCGAUCACAGUUCCCACAUUCUAAGAGAAAUGUUGAUAUGUUUAUGGGAAGAUAGUGUAAACUAAUGGGGCAACUCUAGUGAACGUCAUUCUGCGUCUCUGUUGGCUGGCAAUUAUUCUGUGUGUAAGAGGAGCUGCGUGACCGUGCACGCACAGUUAGAGGGAACAUUGGACUCAGGCAAGUCAGACCAUUGAUAUGGUAUUAUUGUAAAAAAUGAUGUCCAUUGUCCAGCACUGAGAGGACAGUCAUGUCCAAGGUGUCAACAACUGUUCAGGAAGGAUGUGGUUCCUCCUCUGACACUCCAUCUGUGAAGGACUUGGUGAAAAUUCUCUUUGGUGGCAAAAGAUUUGGCAACCCAGUGGAUGAAGUUUGGACUAACCUUUUCAUUGGGGACAUGUCUGUAGCCAAUGAUCGAUACAGCAUAUGGAAACUUGGAAUCACUCAUGUCCUGAAUGCUGCCCAUGGGAGGCAGCACUGCCUAGGGAGCCACACUUUCUACGGGUCAACAGUGGACUACCAUGGAGUGCCUGCUGACGAUUCACCAUCUUUUGACAUUUCACUGUAUUUCUAUUCCUCUGCCGAUUACAUCCAAGAUGCACUAAACACAGCAGACGCCAGGAUCCUGGUCCACUGUGCUGUAGGUGUGAGUAGGUCUGCUUCUCUGGUGCUGGCCUACUUGAUGAUCCAUCACCACUACUCCUUGCUAGAUGCCAUCACAAAGGUCAAAGAGCACAGGUGGAUCUUUCCAAAUACAGGAUUCCUAAAACAACUCAGAGCGUUGGAUAAGAAACUGCACACAAAGAAACAGGAGAAGAGAGCAAACCCCCGAAGCAAAAGAGGAACUGUAAUUCAUGAACCCUGCAAGAGGAGGGAGACUAGAGGUAAGUUGAGCAGACUGAGUGGGAGUUCUACCAGCAACAGGAGUUUCAGACCACCACCAUCACCACCCAGACAGCCAGACAUGCUCCAGGGCAUGGACAGCAUCAGCAGUUGUUUGGGGGGUUCGGAGGGGGCAGAGAGCAGGUACGAGACUCCCCCAGCCUCAGAGCUCCAGAGGCUGAUGUGGACCAAACCAGGGACCAGUGACCAUAUGGAUGAGGUCCAGCCCAGGAUCUACAUAGGAGACAUGUAUGCAGCCAAAGACAAGAGGACACUCCGGACUCAUCACAUCACCCACGUCUUGAACGCAGCGGAUGGGAAGUUUAAUGUGAACACAGGUGCCAGCUACUACAGGGACACUAAAAUAUCCUACCAUGGAGUGGAGGCAUUCGACAUGCCCUCAUUUGACCUCAGUACAUUCUUCUACUCUGCGGCCAAAUUUAUCAAGACCGCCCUGAGCUCACCCACCAGUAAUGUGUUGGUCCACUGCGCGAUGGGUCUGAGUCGCUCGUCCUCUCUGGUCCUGGCCUACCUGAUGAUCGAUAAGAACCUGACCCUGGUGGAUGCCAUCAAGGCUGUGGCUGCAAACAGAAACAUCUGUCCCAACGCAGGAUUCCUGGAGCAGCUCCGAGACCUGGACAAACAACUCCACUACCAGGCUAGACGACAAUGAGAACACGUUUUUGAUGAGACAUAGAUGGAUAGUCUAAUAGUGUAGAGGGGACGACUGUGCAGUCACUAUACUCAUACUGUAGAUGGUUUUAUUAUUUUGUGUAAAGAUGUGUCAGAAAUAAAUCCAUUGCUAAUGUGAUCAACACAUUCAACUUUUCUCAUAGAAAAUUGUUGUCUAAAAACAAUUACAAGCCACCGGGGUCUGGAUGGAUGGAACCUGGAUGGAAUAUUACUGAUGAUAAUAGCGUACGAUAAUGCCACAUCUUCAAUUUAAGUCUACUAGAAAGUGUUUGUCCUCAGGCCUGGAGGGAAGCUAAAGUCAUUCCGCUACCCAAGAAUAGGAAUGCCCCCUUUACUGGCUCAAAUAGCCGACCAAUCAGUCUGUUAACAACCCUUAGUAAACUUCUGUAAAAAAAUGGUGUUUGACCAGAUACAAUGCCCUUUCACAAUAAACAAAUUCACAACAGACUUUCAGCACACAUAUAGGAAAGAACACUCAACAAGCAUGGAACUUACACAAAUGACUGAUGAUUGGCUGAGAGAAAUUUAUAAAAUUAUUGUGGGGGUUGUCUUGUUAGACUUCAGUGCAGCUUUUAACAUUAUUGAUCAUAGUCUUCUGCUGGAAAAACCUGUGGGUUAUGGCUUUACACCCCCUGCUAUAUUGUGGAUAAAGAGUUACUUGUCUAACAGAACACAGAGGGAGUACUUUAAUAAAAGCCUCUCAAACAUAAUCCAGGUAGAAGCAGGAAUUCCCCAAGGUAACUGUUUAGGCUCCUUGCUUUUUUCAAUCUUUACUAACAACAAGCCACUGGCUUUGAGUAAGUAAGUCUAUGUAUGCGGAUGACUCAACACUAUACACACACACACACACACACACACACACACACACACACACGUCAGCUACUGAAAUGCAAUUGAAAUGACUACAACACUUAAAGAGCUGCAGUUAGUUUAGAAAUGGGUAGCAAGUUAGUACUAAAUAUUUCCAAAACUGAAAGCAUUGUAUUUAGGACAAAUCAUUCACUAAACCCUAAUCCUCAACUACAUCUCAUCAUGAAUAAUGUGUAAAUUGAGAAAGUUGAGGUAACUAAACUGCUUGGAAUAACCCUGGAUUUUAAACUGUCAUGGUCAAAAAAUACACCUUAUGGAACAGCGGGGACUGUGAAGUAACACACAUAGGCACAGACACAUGAUAACAAACUCACUAUACAUACACUUAAACAUGGAUUUUGUGUUGUAGAUAUGUGGUAGUGGACUAUGGGCCUGAAGGCACACACUUAAUAUGUUGUGAAUUCUGUAAUGACUGUAUUGUAAUGUU